UCUUCCUUUUCUGUUUGACCCCCCUCCGUCCAAACACGCACUUUACGCCUACAAAGUGGGGUACAUUAGAGGCCUGGGCCCCCCCAGUACAGCCCCUGCAAUACUUCUUGCCACCAAACAUGUAGUUUGAUGAUUACAAUAGCAGACCUGUUAAGUUUCACGAUUUGGUCGGGAGACUCCCGAUUUUGACCCCAAUGCUCACGCCUCACGAUUAGAAAGCCAAAUCUCCCGAUUUUCCAAAAAUGUCAAUUUUUUUUUUUUUUUUUUUACGUUUUUGUUUGUCACCGUUUUGAAACGAUACCAUUCGGCCUGAUUCGGAAAGUGACCAACAACGAAUAGCCUGGCCGUCUCCGACUUCCCUGCCCUCACUCCCCUUCAGAGCUGGAAAAGCCCAACCAAUCAUCUGACAGGGAGAGAAGAGGCGAAGCACCACCGACUUCCCAAGAUGCUGGCACUAAUAAACCGGCUUUUAGACUGGUUCAAGUCUUUAUUUUGGAAGGAAGAGAUGGAGCUGACCCUGGUCGGCCUCCAGUAUUCGGGAAAAACGACGUUCGUCAACGUAAUUGCCUCUGACGAAACCCUAAUUGGAGUGAUGGUUGAUGAGAUGAGGAGGCUGCUGAGGAAGCUGAUGUCCAAAUUUGUGCAAAUGGAUGUGAUCAGGAAAGCUGAGGAUAUCCUAGAUGUUGAUUACAGGAACAAGGAGAACUGGCAUGACACAGGCAACAUAGCAGUAUCACAUGAUGCCAGACAAUACAUGGAGCAAGUUGAAGACUAUCUCUGAUGCCACCAAAAAGAGGUUCUUUGACAGUGUAGUUAAUUUUUACACAAGUGUUGUGACCAAAAUGAACUUGAAAAAAAAUGGUUGCAUUUUGUCUUAGCAAUUGUCCCGCGCGCGCGUCAUCGGGGUUGGCAAACAGAAAUCUCCCUAUUUGCAAUUUGUACAACUUAACAGGUAUGCAAUAGCUUUAUUUAUUUAUUUUAUUAGGAACAUACAGUAUUUAUGGAGUAGCGAGUGGGAGUCAAUCUUUUUGAGGGUGGCAAAUAUUUCUUGACGGUAUAACACAUCAUUGAUUCUUUGGACAAUGAUACGAUAUUCUGUGACGAUUCGAUUCAAAGGCCUUCGAAUGAUUUAAUAGAAAUUAAUAAAGACAUUUAAUACAAUGAGUUCCAACUCACCUAAGACCUAAAGCAA